AUGCCUUCAAGAAAUCUUCUAAGCUACUUUGAACUAGUCCAAUAUCUUUAUAUAAGAAAAGCAGCUGCAAGACAGGAUUCACAUAGCUAUAAAGAGAAUCAAUACACAAUGGGCACUACUACUUCAAAGAAGAAAAGGGAUCCUUGUAUUGUUGACACAGCC